GUUCAGCUGAUUGCGCAGCACUUCGGGGUCCCGCCACUCGUGGGUCCAACGCGCCGUGGAAGCGCAGCGCGGGAGCAAGCAGGAGCUGCACUGAACGGCGGCAAAAGUUGUAGCAGGGUGAAGGGUGAUGACGUUGACCAACAGGCGACUAAGACGGGUAUCAAUGAUAAGUCCUUGGGAACGGACGCAAGCAAAUUGAACCUACCACUGGAAGAAUCGUCGACGGAGCCCCUAGCAGCUUGUGAAGAGGAG